CCGUGGCCAGUCCGCCAGCGCUUUCAGUGUGUCCGUACGUGUGUUUCGCCGCUGUCGUCGUUGUGUGUUACCUUGUUGAUGCUGCUGCCAGCCCUGCUACCCGCAACACCGUGAACCGUAUCUCCAUACCCACCGUUCUCACCGUGUGCUCACCCGUGCCGCCCCAAAAGCAGCCCAAUCGUAGCCGAGUGUGCGUGCGUGCGUUUGUGUUUUGCGUGUGUGCGAGUGUGUGUGCGUGUGUGCUGAGUGUACGUGUGCAACGUGUGUAACGGCGUAAGCUCGGUGUGUGUCUCUCUGUGGAUUUGUAUGCAGAUACAAGUAAAGUGUGUUGUUUUGUAAAGCCACAAAGUGUGUGCAAGUGCGGUUUUUGGCUUUUGUCACAAGAUUGUCAGCUUUUUCGGUUCAACCCCUUCCGGGACAAAAAAAGCUCACUCCGCGAGAGCUUUGCGAGAAUCUCGGCGUCUGCUGCUGCUGUCGUGUCGAAGAACGUGAAUGCUUGGGUUGUCUUUGCUGGUGUGCGUCUUUGCUGGCAUUAGGAACAAGCGGGCGAGAAACUAGGAACGGCGAACGUAAACCCUCGUUACACGGGUUCUCUCAAAGCGGGCUAUCUUCUAUCCUUUCUACGCGACCACCAUUCCGGCACCGUACGGGCAGACAAGGCAGAGAGCCGGCAAGCUUUUGAGCGGUGUUCUGCCAAUUGCCAAGUGAGAGAGAUCAGUGUCGCGGCGGACAGUGAGCGGGCCUGUUCUGGGGUAUUAGCUUCUAGUGCGCAGCAGGGACGGUCCACGGCCUGUCGGUUCCACUCCGGAGGAAACACAACCCGCUACGAACGCGCAAACGGUGCCCCUGCCCCCUGCCCCCAAUCCACCAUGGCUUCUACGCUGAUGUUCUGGAACAAGCAGAACUCCAACUCCAACCAAAAUGGAAACGAUGCCAAGAACACAAAAAACGGCCGCAACUGGUUGCAUGCGCCAGACGUGCUCGUCAACGGGCACGUCGCCUAUCUAGUCAAAUACCUCGGCAGUACUCCCGUGGAGCAGCCGAAGGGCAUCGAGGUCGUCAAGGAAGCCAUCCGGAGGCUGCAGUUCACACAGCAGAUGAAGAAAGCCGAGGGCGGUGGCAAUGUAAAGACAAAAAAGGUCGAAAUCACCAUCAGUGUGGACGGCGUAGCAAUACAGGAACCGCGAUCGCUGACCAUUAUGCACCAGUUUCCGCUGCACAAAAUAUCCUACUGUGCGGACGAGAAGGGCGUGAAGAAGUUCUUCAGCUUCAUCGCUAAAACGGGCACGGGUGCAACGCCGACGUCCUCUAUCGCCUCUUCCGGCGAUGAUACGAACAGCUCCAACAACUCGACCACCAGCAACGGUACCGAGGAUCGGCACGAGUGUUUCGUGUUCAUCUCCAACAAGCUAGCGUCGGACAUUACGCUGACGAUCGGGCAGGCAUUCGAUCUUGCCUACAGGCGCUACGUUAGCGACAGUGGCAAAUCGCUCGAGUCGGUCAAGCUGCUGGCCCAGAAGAAGCAGCUGGAACACACGAUCGCCGCCUACCGACAACGGCUGCGCGAUCUAUCCGAGCUGGUCUCGAAAUCGGACCUGGACAAGCUGCUGCUGAAGAUGGGCAUUCGGGAUAUUUGCGAUGUGCCGGCGCUAGAGAAUGGUGUCGAUGGCCAUAAUAACUACACCAGCAAUAAUAACAACAUCAACAGCAACAACCACAAUGUGAAUGGGACCAAGACACCAGACUUGGGAAUUGAUGUCUCGUUACCCAACAAUGAUGAUCAGCUGUUGAUCGAAACGUCACCAAAACACUUUGCACCGAUCGUACCUCCGAGAAACGGUAUUCAGAAUCAGAUAAACAACACGCUGGAAGCGUUCAAGCCAUCGGUCGGCACCAAGCUGGAGGGAUUGCUGCUCAACUCUGACUCGGACAGUGACUUUGAUCCUCGGGCGCCCGACACCGACACCAGCAUCUCUACGGGCGGUGGCAACAAGAUCAGCAACGAUCUGUUCGGUUUCGAGCCGCCGAAGCCAACCAGUGCCACCCUUGGCCAGCAGCUCUUUGGCAGUGUCACCAACAAUGGACACAACAAUGGUUUCACCAACGGUAACGGUGCCGUCACCAAUGGUUUCGGUGCUCCGAACAGCCCUCCUCCAAUGUUGGCUCCUCCACCGGCAAAGUCGGCACCACGGCGAACGGUACCACAGACCAAUGGAACCACCAACGGCACGAGCGCAUAUCAGGACUUGUUUGGAUCGGCACCAUUCAAUCCGCAGGGCAAUGAUGACUCCCAGACAGCAGCAUUGGAAGACAGUUCCUCCUUUGCCAACAGCUCGGCCAGCACCCAAUCAGGCUUCGGUCCGUUCUCGCAAGAGGUGAACGUUUUGAGCAAAAAUUCCUACCAUCUCGAUUCGAUCCUUGCCUACGGUGAUGGGUGCAAUGGUGCAAGCGCAUUGCAAGGAAGCACCACGACCACCACCACCAGCACAGGAACUACCGCUGCUAAUUUGGCCUCAAAAUUGAAUCCCUUCGCUGCGGCCAUUCGCAGCAAUCCGCUGGCGGCCGUGCAGCACAAGGCCGCCGCGUACGACGUGUUCAAGAACGCGACGGGCGACAAGGAACGGUUAACCACUAACACCGGUACGGUCACACACUCCGCCUCGUUCGAUGCGGCGGAUGAGUGCGAGGUGACGCACAGUGCUAACAAGACGGCCCCGGCGGCCCUUGCAUCCGACAGCACCGGUACUACUAACCCCAAUUCAUCCGUCAUCGCAUGCACAUCCGGUCAGGCGCACGAGCUGGCCGGCGCUUCCGAGGCACUGUUUGAAGAUUUUGCUUUAUCGGCUUUUAACGAGUUCAAGAGAGAUUUAAGCGCCAACAGUCGCAACGUGAAGCGCCAGUCCUCGUUGCUGCAGGACCGUUCGCUCCACAAACCAUCGCUCGGGUCGCUCAAAUCCAUCGGUGGCGGUAGCGUCGUUGAUGCUAACAGUGGUGGCGCUCGGCUGCGCCGGGCCGGUGGGCCCGCGCUGCUGCAGCCCGAGAUGAAGACGACCAAGAACGGUUUCUUUAGCUCCGACGAUGUGCUGGAUACGUUCGAUCCGCUAAAGAAGUAAAGUCCUGCAUACCCUGGCCAGCUGAUCGCUGCUAGUGCGGUACGUUCGUGAAGCAAUGCAGCCCCAAAAUUCGACCGUCUACACGUCUAGUACGAUGAUCGUCGCGUGCUCCAGGCCGAUCCAGAAAGUGUCCAAUGAGACGCGUUGCGUGGUUUUUCUUUUUUGUUUAAUUUUUGUUUUGUUGUAAAGCAGAAGCAUGUAACAUUUUGUUUUGCAAACGCGAAGCCAAGCAAAGAGGAAAGUGAAUUGUAAUUUGUUAUAGUAAUUGUACGGUACUCCUUUAAGUAAGGUCAUACACAGAAACACACAUACACAUUAUCUAUUCCUUCUGUACUGUACUGUUUUCUGUUUUUCCGUUGUGAUUGAAGAGAUUCCAUUAACGAUCAUUUCCCAGAACCGAAUCUCCCCCGAAGCGUUAAAAAGUGAUGGUAAAACUGUUAUAUUCCAUUAUCAAACCGUUCUACGCAGUGCAAGGAGCGCUGUUAGCAAUAGGGAAGAAAAAAUAACAGAUUUAUCCUACAUCUACAAACAGAUAGUUUAAUUUAUAUUUACUUUUAAUCCGUUAAAACCACUAACGCUGAAAACGCUUCAAAUCGCAGCGUCCGCGCGCCGAUCGCUUCCAUUGGAUGGGUGGUAAAAUAAUCCUUAUCGGAACAUUCCAAUCCCUUUGUCCGGUUUUGUUGUUCGCAUUUUGCUUUAUGUUUCCUAACUCCCUCUACCAUUCCCGAUUAAACAUGAAUCAAUUGGUGCAUUAGAACAAAUAGGUAUGAUGGUGUAUGAAGCGAUGAAUAUGUCGUGAUGGGAGGUUGGUAGCGACGGGUUUUACAGACGUAAAAAUCAUCUUUCUUUUAACUUAAAACGCUUAAAGAACUGUUGACUCCUUAGUGAAUUUGUGUGUGAGAAAGAGACAGAAGGAGAGAGAUUGUUUGGAUAUGUUUUUGUUAAAUUUGUUACGCGUACCGUUUCUUUUUGCUUUGUUGCAACAUUUGGUUGCUUAAGCACUCGCUUCGUGGAGUAAUUGUUUUGUGAAUUGUGAUCAAUUUAAUGCCAUUUUGUCAUUCACUGUAUUUGGUUGACUAUGUUUCUUUCUCCCUUAACACUCUUUCUCGUUAUUAUUGUAAUAUAUCUUCCUGUUUUUUUCUUCUUCUUCUAACUCUGUCAAACUCGAAAGCGAAAAUUCCCAUCACGAUCACCAUUACGUACUGUGACAGAAAUAAUACGAACCAUUACACUUAGGCUAUAGAGCGGUAUGCAAUAAUACACGUAGUGCUAGUUUGAUAGGUACGUAUGCAGUGCAGAAACCUUUGCCCGCGAUAUCCAAACUCUAGCGAGUUUCUUUACUCUCCCUCAUUUACUUUACUCGAAUCCCUCUUCUAGCACAGAUCGUUUUCUGGUUAAGCUACUGUGUAAACGAACAAAAAGCAUACGAAAGGAAAUCAUUAGGGCCAUUGUUAUCGUAGUUGAGUAAAACAUAUCAAUCUAUACAUAUGGAAUUAUAAAUAUAUACAUAUAAAGUUAUGUUAGCAGUGUAUGUAGUGAAUAAACCAUCAACAGAAACAGA